UUGCGCACGCGGAAGUCUUUGGAAAAAGGGAGAGGGAAAUUAUUUGACAUCCUCCUUAAAAAUUUAACAUUUCUUUAUUCGAAUACUUUGUUAUACAACACCACUGAACAAAGACAGCAGUAUUUGUAAUCCGAACAUGCCAAAGAAUAAAGGUAAAGGAGGUAAAAAUCGGCGGCGUGGUAAGAACGAGAACGAGUCAGAGAAGAGAGAGCUGGUUUUCAAGGAGGAUGGCCAGGAAUAUGCUCAGGUGAUAAAAAUGCUGGGAAAUGGACGGCUAGAGGCCAUGUGCUUUGAUGGGGUCAAGCGCCUCUGCCACAUUCGAGGAAAGCUCCGGAAAAAGGUCUGGAUCAACACAUCUGACAUAGUCCUUAUUGGUCUUAGAGAUUACCAGGAUACCAAAGCAGAUGUCAUUUUAAAGUACAAUGCAGAUGAGGCCCGCAGUCUUAAAGCCUACGGAGAGCUUCCAGAACACGCUAAAAUCAAUGAAACUGACACAUUUGGACCUGGAGACGAUGAUGAGAUUCAGUUUGAUGAUAUUGGGAGUGAUGAAGAGGACAUUGAUGACAUCUGAGUCAGGACUGCUGGUGGGUUAUACUGUUUACACUGAGGGGAGAGAAUAUUUCCUUGUUGGGGAAUAAUUGCAACUUGGGCAUAACUGAUGCCACAUAUCUUACUGCAGCCUCCCUCAGAGAAACACUCAGAGGCUUAUUGCUUUUCUGUUUCUCUCUCCACCACGUAAUCUCACUACAAGGCUUCUCCGAGCAUUCAGGCUUUCACACGAACCGCUCUCUUUCACAUUUAAUGACAACCACACGACAUAGACUACAUAGUUUUGUUAUGAUUUUAAAGUAUUUAUAUUGUAUUCCACUGUAUGUGGUGGAAUUUAAAAUGCCAAGAAAUCCAGAAUUUACAAUAAAAAGUAGAGCCUUUUAUCUGUUUGGACUGAAUUUGAUUUCUUGCAUAUUAUACCUUGUAUUUUAUUUUCUCAAUUUAAACUGCCUCUUCCUCAUGGCAUUUGCAGGCUUUGCAUUUGCAUCUUUGCUGUGCCUGAAAUAAAAAUAUAUAUUUUUAUUU